GUUUUAUAUGCACCAGACAAUAUGAAUAGUCUCCGUUGUCAAUCUUCAACUUCUUCUUCUUCACUUGGUUCCUCUAUGGGGAUGGUUUACCCAGACAUGCGUUGUCUUUCUCUUGGUUCAAGCUACGGUACUGUUUUUUUCUCGCAGGAAAAGGAAAGAGCUUGGGGUUUUCAUUUCAUUGAGGAAAACCACAGCUCUGAUGUUGUGGAGGGUAAGUGCUUAAAUGAAGAGAAUGCCGUGAGUGGCAAGGAAUCAGACAGUGGGCAGUCGAAGCUUUGUGCCAGUGGCCAUUGGAGGCCUGCAGAAGACACUAAGCUCAAGGAACUUGUUGCUCUUUAUGGUCCUCAGAACUGGAACUUUAUAGCUGAGAAGUUGGAUGGAAGAUCAGGUAAGAGUUGCAGGCUGAGAUGGUUUAAUCAGUUGGACCCUAGGAUCAAUAGAAGAGCUUUUACCGAAGAAGAAAAGGAGAGGCUAAUUCAAGCUCAUAGACUUUACGGUAACAAAUGGGCAAUGAUUGCUAGGCUGUUCCCUGGAAGAACUGAUAAUGCAGUGAAGAACCAUUGGCAUAUGAUUAUGGCCAGGAAGUAUAGACAACAAUCAAGUGCCUACAGGAGGCGGAGGCUGAGUCAAUCUGUUUCUAGGAAGAUUGAAGAAACUCCUGGCUUUGUCUGCAGAGAUGCAGCAACAAAAGCAGAACCACCCCAAUACUAUCAGUUUGGAACCUUCAAAGGUGCUGUUGAUGCAUGUGGGGUUGAUGAGAGUGACUCUAAUGUUUCACCCCGCAUGACUAGUGGGAGAGAAGCAAUCUUAAGCAACCAGAUCCCUCAUCAUAAUGGGUUUUGUUCACAACGCAAACCUUUUGAUUUCUUCCCUGAUGUUAAGAGCAAUGGCAUGAUGGGCAGCAUGCUCAGCAAGACCAGAUUUUGGGGAUGGCCCAUUGAUAAGCCCCAAAUAUACAGGAUAUCAAUGCAACAGUCCCAAAGAAUCACAGAUUCCACUCCUCAAGUUUCAGCCACUGAACCUUCAUCGUCAAUGGCAGCGAGCAGCUGCCCCUAUGAGGCCGUUCCACCACCUUUCAUUGACUUUCUUGGAGUAGGAGCCAUAUGA